AUGAACCAGACAAUCUCAGAUACCUACCCUGGUCCUGCUUUGGAGGCUGAGAAUGCGUUCCGCUUGCUAGAACUGCAAGCCGGUCAGAAUAACGCCCCUAUUGUCAUCCGAAUACUAGCUUGCUCCUUCGGCAGUGUAUCAUACGAAGCCGUCUCUUAUACCUGGGGCGAUGCAGAUCAGACAAAUGAGAUCAAAGUACUUUCACACAGUGCCAACAAAACUUGUACUACGAUGUUCGUUACAACAAAUUGUCACAACGCUUUGAUGGCCCUACGGAAACCUCACGAGCCUCGAAUAUAUCAAGGAGCCCGCCGUGUCGUGGUAUAUCUUGGACAAAGCGCCCAUGGCAGUGACGAAGCGAUGCACUCGAUAUUCGAAAUCGAUCAGCCCUCUGACUACGACGUUUAUCCGUCUUGGAACACGAUGCCACAGAGUCCCUUAAACAUCGAAUCUAUUCGCGCACUCUUCAAGCGGCCUUGGUUCUAUCGCGUAUGGGUGUUACAGGAGAUCGCUUUCGCUAAAGAUGCCAUUUUUGUCUGCGGCCGGUACGAAGUCGGCUGGGAUAGCAUUCGUGCUUUCUGCCACUGGAAUCGGAACAAUCGCUGGAUAAAGGGAGCUCUUCCGUAUCCUAUUGAAUACACUGUCCAAAGAUCUCGUAGCAGAACUGACUUCAUUCACUACAAUCAUCGUCUGUAUGAACUUCUCAAGAACACAAAAGACUGUCAGGCAACAGAUGCGAGGGAUAAGGUGUACGCUAUGCUCCCUUUGCUAAAAUGGGAGCAUGAGAAGAUGAUCAGAGAGUUUGAAGAGAAUCAAAAUCAAGCUGAAAACAAGACCGUGUAUACAAGUCUCACAACCAUCCUACUUGAGCACUUUGGACUUCAAGCGCUACAAAUCGGCCUAGCUCUACGUCAUGUGGAGAAGCUCCCAUCUUGGGUUAUAGAUUGGGAAGCUAUCACAAAUUCACCGUACCAGUUCCAGCAGCCAUUAUCACCAUUCCAGCCUCACGAUGCGUCGACUGUUCAAAAUUCGUCCAUAUGGAGCGUUUCUCGUUUUCACCUAGUCGCCAAAGAGCCAAAGGAGCAGCUACGAGUCAGCGCCUCGAAAGUCGGUACUAUCACCUUCAUUGGGGAUGUUUGUGAUAUCCGUCGGGACAUCUUCCCCCUGAAACAAUGGACGAGGCUUGGCUCCGGCCCGAAAUGGUGGCAUCAAAUGCCAACUAUGCCUCCAGAUCUCACUGACCGCCAACCGGGGUUUUGGCGGCAACGCUGUGAGCUCUCCCCGUUUGCGGAGACCUUGGCAGCAGGUUACAUUGUGUAUGCAGACGUCGUCCACGAAGCUGUUGAAACUCUGACUACCUUAGACGAAAGCAAUGAUGCUAUUCAAACAGAAGGAAACCAUGAGCGCUUUGAAGAUUACCCUAAAAAAUUACCUCCAAGCUAUUGUAUACAAGCGCAAAAAAUAUUGGAUGCUUGUGACGGACGGAGAUUCUUUAUCACGGAUACCGGGCAUAUCGGCUUGGCUCCUGAAGCGGCUACUACGGGGGAUUUGACGUUCAAAGUCAAUGGCUGUGGUGCUCCCUUCGUCAUGAGACCUUGGACGGAUACCAAGGCUGAAACUCAUGCGAUUGUGAGCGGGCAGACAGAGACCCCAACACUCAACACACAUAGCAUGACGAUCGUAGGAGAGUGUUGGAUACAUGGUAUAUCACGUGGAGAAAGAGACGACUUUUUUUACAAGGCAAUUUUCGGUAAAUCAACACCUGAGAGCAGCCACUCAUAUUUAGAACGUCUAAUUAUUUAUUAA